AUGGCAGAACUCCCACCCAACCCUGACCGAAUGCUCAUCCCUCAGCAUGACCCGAGGCUUAUUCUCUCGGCCGAGACUUCGUUCUCGAUGCCAGAUCUGGCACGGUCUGUAGACAUCUACGCUGAGGAUUUCCAUCUCGACCGCGACCUGGUGCUCAAGAACAAGAGUGAUGAACCCAAAUCAAAAGCCAGGCUUGGCUUGUUUGUCAAAAGUCUCAGCACUGCCGUCCCCAAAGGUAACGAGGUGCUCAAGAUCGACAUUGGCGGCGCCGACGGCACCAAGGAUACUGCCAAUGCGUCCAGCGGAGGCCAGGCCUUUUGCUUCAUCCAGCGGCUAGACCAGCGAUAUGUUGACACGUUCAACAUUGAUGCGUACGGCGGCCAUGGCUACAACCAGGUCCUGGAUUCCGCUGGGGGCACUCCCGCCUCUCCAGCUGCUGGCGGCAAUGGUGGUACUGGGGGCCAGGUUUCCGUCGCCUUUGGCAGCUUCAAGUACAAGCCAUUACUGGGAGUCUCCGAGGUCUUAAGAACUGUUGAAGAAAGUACCCCAAAGCUUGACAAGAAAGACUUCUCAAAGGCUCUAAUUGAGCUCGUCCGCGUUUUUACCAGCAUCGAGGUCCACAUGGAGUCCCGGGUCACCCAGAGCAUCGGCGUAAGGGGGGGCAUCUGGGGUGUCGGCCUUGGAAAGCAGAGUGAAAAUGGCAAACCAGGAGCAGACGGCGACGCCGCGGUCGCCCUUGUCAGCAACCCCGAGGAGCUGUGGGAGCUGAGCAUGUGCUUUGCCCAUCCCACCCAGUGCAACAUGGUCCUCGAGAGGGCCAAGGCUCGAUAUUACGCCGUAUCCCGGGUAGCAAUACCACCGGGGUUAACGGUCUCCCCGCGUCGCUCUCGCAGCUCAUCUCGAUCCGGAACGAGGCCGUGGGACUCUACGCCCAAGAUGGACUCGGGGUUGGAUGCGUACAAUGACUCGUACAACAGCGUGCCUUUGGGGUCAUUCGGUUCCUACGAGAAGAACCUCGAGUCGAGCCUCACCUACCUCGGCAAAACUGAGCUCCGUUUGAUUAUCCCCUCUCCAGGGCCAAAGCCAACCUCACCGAAGCCGCAGACAAGGUCAAGCAAGAGUUGGAAAAGGCCAUCUCUUUCCCUUUUCGACGAACUGAUCAAUGCGGGAACACAACUCCUGUUUGUGGCCAAGUGGCCGAUGGCGGUGCUCCAGGGCGCCAACUUGAUUCAUCAAAUGGCGACCAAGAUCAUCAAGGAGGACGGGACAACCGUGGAGCGGCAGUAUCUGGUCCGAAGGGUCAGCAACAUCACCGGGUCCAUAAGGAGCCUCAAUGAGGGCUACAAGAUGCUAUCCAAUGGAAAACUACAGGACGAGGAUCCGGACGCUGCCAAGCUCCUGAUCCAGGAGAAGGAGUUGUUUGAAUUGAUAGAAGACGUCAACAACUCGCUGAGCGAAAAGACGGUGGAAAGGGUCAAAACUCUAUUCAGGUUCUACAUCACCCUCGUUGUCCAGCGAAGCCAAGACAUCAUGAGAUACAACGCCCUGGUGUCGACCCUGGUACGGUACCGAACCGAGUCCCAGUCACUCCAGCAACAGCUCGACCAGCUCCGACGCGCCAACAUCGCCACCAUCGACGUCCACCACCCCGCCAUCGUCGUGUUCAUGCAAAAGCUCUACCUCAACGCCAUUCGCAUGACCGAAUACUGGCUGUACAAAGCCCAGCGAGCCUACAACUACGCCGCCCUCAACGACGACAACAUCAUCGGCGACGUGCUGGGCGACGACCCCCCCUUUUCCCGUUUCGACUCAACCCUGCUCUCGGCCGCCCACCAGAACCUCUCGGAUGCCUACCAGAAGUACUACCUGGACAAACUCGGCCCCGCGCGGGGGACGUUCACCAACCGCACCGUCGCCCUGGACCCGGACGAGCACAUCGAGGUGAUCCGCGACAGCGGCCGGAACAGCUGCACCUUCUUCGUCAAGGUGGUCCCGGGCAAGGCGUUCGACGGCAUGGCCAACGUGCGGCUGCUGAGCGUGCGGUGCUUCCUGGACGGUGCCAGGGUCGCGUCGACUAAUAAGCUGCACCUGACCCUGACGCAUGCGGGGAUGGAGACGUUGGUGGAUGAGGUCAAGAAGAGGCAUGAGUUUAAGCACAAGGCGCAGAUCCUGACGGCGUUCAAGUACCAUCUUGAGACGGGUGAGGUUGAGUUGGCGAGCACUAUUGGGGAGGGCCGCGAGGAGUCGGGCUACGCGCUCGUUGGGCCGUUCGUGACGUGGCGGGUGGAUGUGAAUAAGGAGUAUAACACCGGGUUGGACCUCUCUGGCGUGACGGGCGGUCGCUUGGAGUUUGAUGGACAUUAUCAGCCCAUUCGCUAG